AAAUGAAUCUUGGUGUUUUUUUUCCGUUAUGUAUGUUUUUUUAUGUUACUGGUCCUUUAACAUCUCAUGCUCGUUCCCUAUGUCUGUGUGUUUGCUCAGUUUCAUUCCAUUGUAAUCUAUGCAGUACCUUGUACAUUGAACAAAGCAUUAAAUAUUCUUAUUCUAUGAGCCUGGAGAUUGUUCUCAUAGCCCUAGACAACAAGUGAUCGGCACUUGUAUUAGUAAUUACAUUAUAUUGCUCAAUCUAAGGGCAGUGAUCUGGUCCUAUUGGACAAUGACUUCUGGUUUCAAUGUGACAUUUCUCUAGUUUGUUCCAGAGAAGGAGGACGUUUCCUGCAGUGAUCGCUGGGAGACCAGAGGGAUCUUCCCGUAGAUGUUUUAUGUUUUGGGACUAAUUUCCUUUUUGGUUCCUUUUGUACAAGCAUUAAAGGAAAUCUGCUAUGAAGGGACCGGCUGUUUUGAAAACAGUUUCCCAUGGGCCGGAACAGAAGCGAGACCAGAGCGGAGUCUCUCCUGGGCACCGGAGCAGGUCAAUACUCGGUUCCUCCUCUUUACCAAGGACAAUCCAGAUCACUUCCAGGAGAUAAAUUCCUCCACAAUAUUUCAGUCACAUUUUCAAACGACCAGGAAAACGCGGUUUGUUAUACACGGAUACACUGAUUCAGGAGACAAGGGCUGGGUACCGGACAUGUGUAAAACAAUGCUGAGUGUGGAGAACAUUAACUGUUUCUGCAUUGACUGGAGCAGGGGAUCCCACACUGAAUAUGUUCAGGCAGUAAAUAAUAUCCUCGUUGUUGGGUCAGAAGUGGCAGAUUUGGUUAAAACUCUACGGGAUGAAUUGGGGUACUCUCCGUCCCUUGUUCAUAUUAUUGGGCACAGCCUUGGGGCGCACGCAGCUGGGGAGGCAGGGAAGCAGAUGCCCAGCAUUGGGCGAAUCACAGGACUGGAUCCAGCUCAGCCUUAUUUCCAGAACAACCCAACGGAUCUGAGAUUGGAUCCAACAGAUGCCAGAUUGGUUGAUGUCAUUCACACCGACACCGCCCCAUUCGAUUCCAGUCUGGGACUAGGAAUUAACCAGUUAGUGGGCCACUUGGACUUCUUUCCCAAUGGGGGAAUCCAGAUGCCGGGGUGCAAACACAAAGAGAAUUAUAAUUCUGAGAUUGACAAGGUUUUACAAGAGGUUUCCCGAGGUAACUGGACUCUCAAUAUCUCAGAGGAAUACAACAAACUGGUCUGUAAUCAUCUCCGGAGUUACAAGUACUACAUGGAGAGCAUCAUCACUCCCGAUGGCUUCAUUGGCUUCCCAGCAUCCUCCUACUUGUCCUUCUCAUCAGGAGAUGGAUUCCCGUGCCCAGCUGAUGGAUGCCCAUUAAUGGGGCAUUAUGCGGAUUCAUUUAGUGGUGCCACAGAGAUUAGUCGGGUGUUUUACUUGAAUACAGGAGAUUCUCUGCCCUUUGCCCGUUGGCGAUACCAGGUGACGGUCCAUAUCUCAGCCCCAGUGUCUGUCCUGGGAUUGGUCCGGCUGUCUUUGCUUGGGAUCAAUGGAAAAACAAAAAUGCAUCAAAUUUUUAGUGGAUGGAUUCAACCUAAACAAACAGUCACAGCUUUCAUUGAUGUGGAGACCAAGGUCGGGCGCCUCAAAUCUGUGGAUUUCAUAUGGAGCAGCAGAAAUGUGAAGAAUUACAAACACCCGCUGGAAGUCAAGUCUGUGACAGUGGAAUAUGGAAGAGAUGGGACCAGGUAUUACUUCUGUGGCAUCAGGACAGCGGGUCCAAGAACCCGUCACAUUAUUCCUUUGUGUAACCGGACGGCAGGACCUAAAGAUCCAUGAUCCGCGCCCCAAGCUGUGUCGCCCCCUAUCCCCGUUCCUUUGGUUUUUGUCAAAUUUAAGUUAAAUUAUAAUGUAUUAAAUUAUUUGAUAAUUUG